AUGGCUGAAGCGGAACAGUGCAUUAUAUGCCUGGAUCCUCUGCCUCGACCCUCGGCUUCUCUCCAAGCUCCAGCUGCCCUCACUAUAGCUGCGAGUGAUGCUGCUUCUGCUGGUGGUGUUUCUGCCGCAUCUGCAUCCACAUCCACCCUUACGUCUGAGCCAGCACAUUUCCCUGCCACAACCACUACAGCCACAGAAACUCUCGAGGACGAUUCGAAUUAUUUGAAUAUUGUCGCUGAACUCGACGGAUUUCGAGUAUACAAUGGCGUAGAUGGAACUGCCAUCUCCAAAUACGAUGUUCAAGAUAAAAAACAGGUCGCCGAGUUCGAUGUAAGACAGUGGCUUGGCGAAAACCCCGAGGAAGACGAAGAAGAACCAGGCAACCCAUGCCCUAUUUGCAACUCGUCAGAAAGAGAAGAUGUCCUACUCUUGUGCGACAGCUGCGAUGCCGCCUAUCAUACACAUUGCAUAGGUCUCGUGGCUAUUCCUGACGGCGACUGGUAUUGCAUGGAAUGUGCCCAUCUGUUCCAACUUGUGGAAGAGCCAGAAGCUACCCAGGUUGGAGAAAGGUCGCCUCGCCCCUCCAACGUACGUCGCCCGAACCCUCGAAAUGUGCGCGGUUACCAUGUACGAACUCGAGAACGAUUAAGGCGAGCUCGUCGCCAAGCUCGAAAUGUCGAGUGGCAAGGCGCAUGGGGCCAGUUCUCUGGUCGAUUCUACGAGAUGAGCGACUUGGAUUUGGAUAAUCACGAUGAUGAGGACGAAGAGCUCGAGCAAUAUCGGCGAUUCCAGGAGCUUGGCCGACGGGAACUCGAACGUUGGCAACAACGAAUGGAUAUCGCACGUCGUCUGGGCGCCCGCGACGUUUUUGCGAACAACAUUCCUCAGGCUAUUAGCGAACGACUUCAGCCAGCGCCUGAGCCCGUGCAAGAAACGGCAGACGAGAGACGAGCUUGGGGCGCCUUGGAUCGUGCACGAGAAACUGAAGAGCCUAGCACCAACUCCAGAAAGCGCAAAGGGCGGUCUGUAACUGCAUCGCCCCGCGAGCCAGCCCAAGAACCUGAAAGGAAGCUCAAGCGUCCACGAACACGUCGCCUGCCAACCCAGAACGGCGAAGGCUCGAGCUCUGUGUCGUCCCCAGCACCUGGGCCAUCGACAGCAAGAAUCAACACCAAUGGAGCAUCUUCCAGGAACGGUGUUGCCGAUCAUGGCAGUAUUGAUCCUCCAUUGGUUUCCUCAUUGUUGAAAGAGCUUGAACCCAGCAUUAUGUCUGAUGAUGAUACACUAAUAACCAACAAUGGGUGGCGACAUCCACCAGAUGCCUCGUCGCCUGCCCUUUCUCCUGUCAUGUCGCCAUCUCCGUCAGCCUAUGGCAGUCCGCGGGCUCUUUCUCUUACCCCUCCUCCAAUGCCGAAUUUCAAUGCUCGACCAGGUUCUCCGACACUCUUGCUCAGUAGCACUAUUCAACCACGAUAUGCGCCUGCGAACUAUUCACCUACACGAGCAAACCAUUCACCCACUCGUGGGAACCAUUCACCUACCCGUGCAAAUCAUGAACGUAUGAACCAUGAUCACAGUGACUCAGAACAGCCCCCAACAAGACAUGUACCAAUCAACUUUUCACCUACUCGCUCAAGUCGUGGGCGUACUGGUCGUGAACAUACAAGCCGCGAGAAUAGCGACUCCGAAGUGCGCCCAGCCCUACUCCCCGAAAGCCGACCAUUAGAGCUACGACAACCCCGACCACGCCGCCCAGACGAGGUCCCGGCUCAAAGAAAAGAGGAACCGCCAACAGAACUCAACCUUACCCAAGAAGAUAAAGUUAGCAUAAACGAGAUAGUCAAGGGUGCCCUGCGACCGCACUGGCGGUCUCGAAAGUUGACAACUGAACAAUACUCGGUUAUCAACAGAGACAUCUCAAGAAAGCUUUACGACGAGGUCAAGGGCGCAGCAUCGCUAAGCGAUGAAGCCCGUCGACAAUGGGAAAAUCGAGCUACCAAGGAGGUGGCUCAAGCAGUUGCAGAAUUGUCUGCUUAG